AGAACCAGUCACUACUUCCCUUUCGCUGUGGAUUCAUGUGCGUUAUUGUUUAUCUUUGAAUGCAAAUGUGUUUAUUGCAAACUGGGAUUGCAAUUAUUUCCUGAUAUAACUGUACUGGCUUCUCAGUAAACCGACUCUGAACACCCAUGAUGCCCGCCUCAGAUUGUUGCCAACGUCUCUGCAGAUGAGGACCAGCUCUGUCUUUAAAGGAGAGGACAAGACAUUCCCCACAUGGUUCCAGCCUAGAGCUACAAGACCCUAGAAUGAUGACCAGCUCUGUCUUUAAAGGAGAGGACAAGACAUUACCCACAGGGUUCCAUCCUAGAGCUACAAGAUCCUGAGACAUUAGUUUAACAGAACACGUUUCUCUGCCCAGAUUGAGACUAGGGGUAAUGUUCCCCUGCUCAGAUGUUACAUUCAUCAACCAAUGGUUGCCUGCCACAUCAUCAACGGUGUUAUAGACUGACAGAUCGCUAUAACAUGAUGUGGUUAGUUGAAACUUAAAAUACAUAUCCAGGCGUUGUGAGGUCAGGCGUCAGCAACUUCUGAGCAGAGGAACGCGCCUUACAUCAACUCAAAAUAGAGGGAGGAGAUUCUCUGCAUAGCGUUAACCUGAAUCAUCUCAAAAUGGCUGCUAUCGUGAGACUCCACAGACUAACGAAGGAUCAACUGUCUCUCGCUGCUCAGAAGAACAAUAACAAACCAGGCAGAAAACCAACGAAGAAGAAAAACUCCACCACCAGAGGAAGGAACCAAUCCACAGGAAAAGGAAACAACUCUGCUGACAGUGAAAGUGUUUCUAGCCAGGUAUCAUCGGCCCCUAAGUGGUGGGGUCGCCCCAAGGGAAGCAAAAACAAACCCAAGAUAAGUCUACAACUCUCCAGCGCCAUCUUGAGGCCUGACGAGGUAAAACAAGAGGUGAAACAAGAGAUGGACGAGCUGCCUAUCGGGACCAGAAGUGAUGAACACUGGUUGAACUCUGUGAAGACAGAGAGCUACGACCCAGAGUUGGGUAACACCAGGGGACCUACAGAGAGCGACCCCAGGACAGAUGCACAUCACUUGGGUAUCAAGACGGAGGAUGCUCCCCUGUACCACCAGGAUGGAGGGAGGCGGCUGCGGUCGGCUACCGUUCAGCUGUUCAAUCUGGCUGCGUUGCGGUCUGAGCCGGAAUGGUGGCCUCGCAAUCAGAAGGUCCGCCGGUUCCCGUGUCCAGACUGCGGCCAGAAGUUCUUCUCCAAAACCACGCUGGAGUUACACUCCCGGAUCCACACACAGUACCAGCCGUACUCCUGCGAGGUGUGCCAUAAAACCUUCUCCCGGAAAGGCGGUCUGGUCGAGCACCGACCAAUCCACGAGGCGGAACGCCCCUUCGCCUGCCUCCAAUGCGGCAGAACCUUCACGUUCAAAUCCAACCUGACCCGCCACAUGCGGUUCCACAGCGACGCGCGGCCCUACGUCUGCCCCCAGUGCGGCCACGGCUUCAAGAUCUCCGCCCAACUCAAGAGCCACAUGAUUUCCCACAGCGGGUAUAAACCGUACGUGUGCCCGGAGUGCGGCCAGAGUUUCGUCCGUUACAUGAGUCUCAAGUAUCACCGGCUGAGCCACACCGGCGAGCGCCCGCUGUCCUGCCCAGAGUGUCCCAUGACCUUUGCCCGGCCGCACACCCUUAUGAUCCACCGGCGACAGCACACCGGGGAGACGCCGUUCUCUUGCCAGGACUGUGGGAAGAGGUUCAAACAGGGGUGCCAACUGAAAGACCACGUUAGAAGGAAACACACAGGGGAGAAACCGUACAAAUGCUCCGAGUGUGACAAGUGCUUCGUCACUUCGGCGUCUCGUAAAGUGCACAUGGUUGUCCACACAGGAGAGAAGCCGUACAAAUGCACAGAGUGCUGUAGGAGCUACAGUCAGAGUGGGGGCCUGAAGAGGCACAGGUGUGAGCAGCAAACCAGGUGAGAGGAACCUCGGGGCUACGCCCCAAAUGGCACCCUAUUCUCUAAGUAGUGCACUAUAUAGGGAGCCAUUUGGGACGUAGACCCAGUGUUCUGAGUGUAGGAACUGGAGAGUGGAUCCUUAAAGCAGUACAAAUCAAAAUCAAAUGUAUUUAUAAAGCCCUUCUUACAUCAGCUGAUAUCUCAAAGUGCUGUACAGAAACCCAGCCUAAAACCCCAAACAGCAAGCAAUGCAGGUGUAGAAGCACGGUGGCUAGGAAAAACUCCCUAGAAAGGCCAAAACCUAGGAAGAAACCUAGAGAGGAACCAGGCUAUGAGGGGUGGCCAGUCCUCUUCUGGCUGUGCCGGGUGGAGAUUAUAAUAGAACAUGGCUAAGAUGUUCAAAUGUUCAUAAAUGACCAGUAGGGUCAAAUAAUAAUAAUCACAGUGGUUGUAGAGGGUGCAACAGGUCAGCACCUCAGGAGUAAAUGUCAGUUGGCUUUUCAUAGCCGAUCAUUAAGAGUAUCUCUACCACUCCUGCUGUCUCUAGAGAGUUGAAAACAGCAGGUCUGGGACAGGUAGCACGUCCGGUGAACAGGUCAGGGUUCCAUAGCCGCAGGCAGAACAGGUGUAAGCAGCCACGUAGGUGACAGAAGCCAGGUGAGAGGAUUCUCAGGUGUCCUGAGUUGGGAAACUGGCCUUUGUUUAUGCAGGAUUUAAAGGAGCAAUCUGGGAUUGGUACAUACAUAUAUAUAUUUUUAACUUUGAUUCUUGAAGAAUAUAACUUAGAAAUAAAUGCCUCUUGAAUUUAGUUAAAUUGUCUGACCCAAUCAGAACUCUAAAUAUAUGAUUACAUCACCAGGGAAAACAAUAGGCUGUUCCAUUGACUGUUCUAUCAGUUAUUGAACCCUCAAUAGGCUGUUCCAUCAGUUAUUGAACCCUCAAUAGGCUGUUCCAUCAGUUAUUGAACCCUCAAUAGGCUGUUCCAUCAGUUAUUGAACCCUCAAUAGGCUGUUCCAUCAGUUAUUGAACCCUCAAUAGGCUGUUCCAUCAGUUAUUG